UUUAACAAAGCUAUAUACGCCUUCACAAAAAAAAGCUAAUUUGUAUUUAUAAUUGAUAUGACUUAGGAUUAAUUAAAACACCGACUGAUAUAUAGGCGAAUUCUGCAUAAAAGUUUAAUAGUCAAUUAUAAAGAAGAAAAAGAUAUAUUUUUAAUUGGGAAAUAUCAAAUUUUUAAUUGCAUGUAAAGAAUAUGACUGGAUUACUCGCAUUUUGUAUAGUCUUUUUAAUCUUUUAUUGUUUUUUUACCCGGAUAGUACCAAGAUUAUUAGCAUGGAUAGUAAAACGUUGUUAUAAAAUUCAUUUGCGAGUGGGCCAUAUUUCUUUACCUUAUUUUAGGCUUCGUGAUGUAAAUAUAACUAAAAAUGGUUUUACACUGCAAGUCGAAGAAAUACGCAUACGCAGCAGUUUCUUUAGUAGCGAUGUAGCAAAGUUAUUAGCUGUUGUUAUGAAGGAUGUCAGAAUAAAUAAGGAUGUUCCGGUUCACCCAACUUGUAAGAUAAAACAGUCUAAUGAACUAUUGGAUUUUAGAAAUAAGAAGAUACCUCCAAUAAUAAUCAAAUCUGUGCAGUUUAUGGCUGUACAUGUGGAGAACAUAAGUUUACUUGCUCUUGGCAAUGGCUGGUUGGCUAACGGAAAUGCAGAAAGCUUGAGUUUAGAUGCCAGUAUUGUACAUGGUGCAUGCACACUUUUAGCAUCUGCCACCAUUGUUGGUGGAACAAUGAAAUUACUGCAACAUGCUUCCGAUGCAUGUCUCUCGCAAGUAACAUUUGCUGGAACAGUUGAAGCAACUUUUAAGGCUCAAGGAGAACUUUCAGUUGAGACAUUAUGUAUUGGAAUAGUUCAAACUGAAGGAUCUGGUGGUGCAGGUCUCCUUCAGUUCUUAAGAGAUAGAAGAACAUUAAAUACUACAACUUAUACUUGCAGCAAUGUACAUAAUAGUUCCUCUGAUGACUUAAUUACUAGAUUAGCACCUAUUUUGCCCAAAGACUUUACAUUGAAAAUUGGCAAUUCAUUGAUAAUAGCUGGUAGAGAAGAUAGUAACAUGAUAGGUUUAGAAGGUACCUUAAGAAGUCUUCAAGUUCAUGCAAAGUUUCAAGCUAACAGAACACAAUUAAAUUUCACUGUAAACUUAGAUGGUCUGUGCAUACGUGGAAAACUCCCUAUUUUAACUCUACAUUCAAUGUCAAUUGAUACAAAGCUAGAGGAGAAUAUCUUAUUUGUUGCCAUACAGCUAAAUACUCUUUCAAUAAUGUAUGAUCAUAAAGACUGGGAGUUGCUGUAUAAUAAUGACAGUGGCAUUUCAAAGCCUGUUAGCAAUAUAUCACUGAAAAACAAGUUACCAAAUUUUGAAAUAACAUUAAAUACUGAGCUGUAUGAUUCUUCAUUGAAUAUAAAAUUGCCAGAUGUACAAGAAGCAGCUUGCAGUGUCACACACAUGAAAUUUUCAUUGAAUUUAUCUGCAGACAAAACCGAAAAUUUAAAUACGGAACUAGUCUUAGAGUCUUUAUAUUGUACUUUAAAUGGUGCCAAUGGCAACAUCUCUGAAAUGUCUCAUCAAUGGGGAAGCCCGCUCUCUAUAGGGGUAUUGCUAGCAACAAGUCGUAAUAAUGCUAUAGGAAUUGCAGUCGACGCUCUUAUAGCAGAAUGGAGUUUGGAGCUUGCAAAGUUUCUUGAACAAGCUUACAAAUGUUACAAAAAGUAUCAGCAACCUGUGGCGAAAAGGAAAGUUACAGUAUCAUGUAAUCCUAUCCAAUUGAAUCUCAAAAUAACAAAUUGUAAUCUAUUCUUUAUCGCAGAAAACAAAUUAUCUAUAAUGACGCGUUUAGAUAUAGCUACUUUGGAACAAAACGCAAAGCGAUUUGUUGGUGUGGCGGAAGGCAUGAGUGCAAUAACUCUCAAUAAAAAUGAGCCGAUUAUGUGUCAACAUGCCCAAACUUUAACUCAUCCAUUUUUAGCAAUACGAAAGUGCAAAACUGCGAUUAAUUCUGAUGCUGUAAACAUUAGUCUUGAUGGCACUAAUCUAGCAUGGAGUCCUAAUUUACAUCUUCGUUUAUUGCAAGUCUGGAUGGAGUCUAAAGAUUUCAGAUCUAUUGUCAUGAAAGAAAUUAGCGCAACUCGUAUCGAAGAGGUGCAUAAAAAGAAACGCGUUUUGGAUUUACUAGCCACGGGUGGGAUUACUAUUUCUAUAGACAUUUCUACUAAACAUUUUUUGAUACUGACGUCUGAUCAAUUACGCUGGUCGCAAGGCGAAUGGAGACUCACCUAUAUUCGAGUUACCUUAGAUAUUGCUGACAUAAUUAUGAUCGAGGGCUUUGAGUUAGUCAGAGUACUCAAUAAUGCUGAAGUUCGAGUGGAGAGGCAAAGCAACGAAGGUUUCGUACUGGAUUGGAAUGAAUGCUGGGCAUUAAACAUCGAUUCUAUUAAAAUCUGUUUUCCGUAUGAGCAUCAAUUUUCAAACGCGAUACAGAAUGAGUUAUUUAGCAUCAGAAAAUGGUUAAAAGAGAUUCAUUCUUCGAACAUGCCUAAACAGGAAUCUCUGCCCUGCGAUUUGAUCAUCAAGAUCAAAGAGUGGACUUUCGAGGUCAGUGAUGAUCCAUUUGAAGUACGUUUGCGUGAUAAUUACGAAUUAUUAGAAGAUGAAUAUAAGGAAAGUUUGAAGCGACAAGCGAUGUUGGAUGCCAAGGUACAGGAGCUCUGUCGUGCGCACUUAUUGCUUCCACAAGGAAAAGUCGAAGAAUUAUAUGCCAGUUUAAAUAAGAAAAAUGCAGAAAUCUAUGUACAAAGAUGGAAGCAAAUGCAACGAACAGGUCCGCCGAGAACUCGAUUGUUUGCGUGGACUAUGUUAGAUCUAGAGAUAUUAGCUUUAGCUGAUCCUUCCAUAAAUGGUAUAGAGAGACAGGUAAGAGUUCUUAAAGAGAUGGAUCCGGAAACACCUUGGCCUGAAGAUGGUUUGGAAUUCAGUACGUUAUGGAUCCGAGGAAUCAGUCUAAAAUGCGCGGAAUGGAAACUUCAGCUUCGCGAUUUCCCGCAGCCGCUGCUUUUAGUGGAAAGUCUAAAUAUAUGGGGUAGGUUAGCUGGGGCAGAAGCUCUAGCGCCAUUGAGGGCUAAGAGAACCGUCAGAAUUGAAAUUGGCGCACCCUGGGAGGAUAUAGUGGUAGAAAGGGGAAUGACAUCUUUGAAAUAUUAUCACGAUCUCAAUUGGGACAUCGAUAAAUUCAGAUAUGCGUUCGGGCCAUGCUGGGAACCAGUGAUAGCUCAGUGCAACCUCAGCUUUGAGAAAAUUCUUCACCCAUCGAGAGAUCCGAGUCCACCGUUGCCAUUCUGGGAUAAAAUGCGAUUAGCCCUUCACGGUAGAUUGACGCUUUGUGUAAAACAGUUGACGGUGUUGCUGCAUGGUUCUUUGGAUCCAUACAAUACUACAGAAGAAAUGGAACUCACGUGGACUGGAUUGGCGCUCGAUUGGACGCAAGGCAAAAUUAUCAUUAAAGGAGAUCUUGAUGUGUACGUGCGUACAGCUAGCAAAUACGACGAUUGCCGAUUGUUACACCUGCCAAAUGUCAGAUUAAGUAUGAAAUUAGCAUGGGUAUGCCUAGGCGAUCCGCGUGAUCAUCACGCUGCUAUACCCUGCGCCCCAGAUCGAUUACCCGAGUAUUCGAGCAACCAAGAACAUGACUCGUUUAGAGCAUUUCGCUCUCAAAAUCUUAAUGUCAGUCUUUCUCUCGAGACUAAGCCAACUGGAUCACCUACGCUGGCUAGCGCACCAACAGCGUUACUCUAUGGCAGUACAUUGAGAUGGUUCGAAAAUCUCAAAUUAAUAUUAUCAGGCGCGACAAGACCUACGAGAAAAGGUCCAUUGUUCAAAAACAUCAGACCUAGAAAGAAACAACUCAGCAGGCACUACAGGAAAGUCCGGCUGACUUUAGCCUUUCAUCGUUUCCAUGUAAAUUAUUGGAUGUCAUUUGCCAUGCAACGCGGCUUCGAAGUGACUGGAGGUAGAGUAGCCUGCAGUUCGGAGCAUAAUCUAGCACUACAUCCAAUUGAUGACGGAUUAAUCCAUCGGCCACGGGCAGAAUGGUCUGUUGUGUACAUGAAUUGUGAAUUGAGCGAUGCCGAGAUUUGGCUGAAAAGCGCAUUACAAGAAGACGAAGUAGAGAGCGCAUCGUUGCGCCAACCGGUCGAGAAGUGUUACUGCUUGAGUGUAGCACGGGUCAGUUAUGGCAGAGAGGCAAUGGUCACCGGUGUAAGCGGCGACACACCGAUUCAUCGACUGGUCGUGCACGAUCUGCGAGGCGCCUGGACGAAGACUAAUCGCGAUGUUGCGUUCGCACUCUUUGACUCCUUUAUCAAGACUCAGCAGCUCAAGAAGAAUUUGUCAACCGCAGCGCUCAAAGGUUUCCACAGGGAUAACAGUUCAACGCCGCAUAAGAACCGUACCGCUAGAGUACCGACCGUAGUCGAUCAACAGAGCACGCCCACACAAGUAACACCGUCCCCUUCAGUGAAGCCGCAGCAAGGCGAGGUGGUGGGAAUGCUGCAGAGGUUGAUAGCGGAAGCUGUGAACAAACCUGUGGCUUUCAGUGACGAUCUAUCUGUGCAGACUAGGGGACAACAGCUACGCGGAUUAGCGGCGUGCCAUCAAGAUGAUGUCUUACACAAGAACUGGCUAAUCGCUUUGGUGAAUAGCCAAGUGCUGUUGAAAGGCAUCGAGACUCGCGGCUACGUUAUUCUAUCAGCUGCUAAAGCGGAGAUACUGCAGAGAGUCCAUCAUCCGGUUUGGAAGGAGCGAUCUCUCGUUCCGAAAACAACCUGGGUCGGUUCCUUGGAAUGCAUGCAGUAUUAUGCUACUGUAUGUGCGAACAUCGAUGAUAAUAUCGACGAUAAUAUUAUGUGGCUGACAUUGGAUAAUAUACAGGAGAAAGAUUCCACCAUCAUAGUUGGUCUGCCAGAUGUCCCGGCUCUGGUGGGAUCUGGUCAGAGCGUAGGUGGAGUGGUUAGUCAAACAGUAGGAGGCGGUGGCGGUCCACAACAUCAAUUACAACGCAUAGUAUCUCGAUGCAAAUGUGAGUUCUUUUAUGUUGGUUAUGGUCAAACAUUGGACGUGAGCUCCGUGGAUCAGGUACCACCUCCACCAAGAGAAGAAGUUAGUCCAUGGGAGAGAAAAGAUUUGACCGCAGCUGACGCGUUUACAUUGAUGCAUCAUGAUCUGGAUGUAUGCACUAAUUCGUUGCAAUACGCAAUGAUCUUGGACAUAGUUAAUAACUUAUUGCUGUACGUGGAGCCGAGGCGAAAGGAAGCUUCAGAGAGAUUGCAGAGGAUGAGAUUCCAAUUGCAAUUACAUUCUGUUGAAGAUCAGAAAAGACCAAUACAGCAGUUACAGAAUACAGUGCGCGGUUUAGUGGCGAAAUUGAGGCGCUUGGAACGCGAGACGUAUUUAGUACAGAAGGCACUGGCCGAAGAAUCGAGCUCAGAAUUAUUAACGGAAAUGGAACGUUUAGAAGCAAAUGUCUUCGAAUGCAAGGAACAACUUAGCGCCAAGGCGGAAGAAUUGGACGUCAUGUUGAAUUGUUACAAAGAGACCACUGCACCGGCGGCCGCUUCGGCUACACUGAAGGACAAACCGGCUGCGGUAGCUAGAGUGGCUGAGAUUUGCUUUAAACAUGCACAAUGGAGGCUGACGGACGCAGACGGUCAGCUAGGUAUAGCCGAUCUUAUCUUGACUAAUUUCCUUUAUACAAAAACUAGUAAAACUGAUGACUCGGUGGAACAUUUGUUGGAACUGGGAUACGUCCGAAUGACGAAUCUAUUACCAAAUCAAACUUAUACAGAGGUACUUGUACCCACGGAGCUACAAAGCAAUAUGCCUGUAGAUCGGCAAAGGGCUCUUCGAGUCUUCUGCAGAGAAAAAGCGCCAGUAGCGGGGAUAUCUGUGAAGGAGCAUUUUGAGAUCAAUGUGGUGCCUCUUACAAUAGGUUUGACAAAAAAAUUCUUCAAUACUAUGCUCAAGUUUUGUUUUCCUGAGAGAGAUCCAGAAGGCAUAGAGGAAGCGCCAGCGCCGCAACGUGAUUCCUCUUUUUAUGUACCUAUCGAGAGGAGAGACGAUGUGGAAAAAAUGAAAGAAAGAGCUGAUAAAAACAAAUUAUUCAUAUAUAUUAAGAUACCGGAGGUACCUGUACGCGUAUCAUAUAAGGGAAACAAAGAGAAAAAUCUUGAAGAUGUUCGUGAUUUUGCGCUAGUUAUACCAACUUUAGAGUAUCAUAACGUGACAUGGACAUGGCUAGAUCUGUUGCUGGCUAUGAAGAGCGAUUCCAGGCGUGUAAUACUAAGUCAAGCCAUCAAACAAAAAUUGCAGAUAAAACCGAGAGGGCCGCCUGAGGAAUCUGCGCCGCAGGAAGAGGAUAAGGCUCGUCUUUUAUUAGGUACCAGACAUCUUCCUGGAGACGCGAAGAAAAAAAAUGUAUUUAAAUUUAAGUAAUUUGUGCAUGCUACAGCUUUAAUGUGUAUUAUAGUAAUUAAUUUAUUAAUGACAUUGUUAUAAAUGUUAUGUACACGAACUUAUACUUGUUUCUUGUAAAAAAAAUAAAUUCCAAAAGAAAAAUAAUAAGAAAAAUAAUUUCUAAUGUACAUUUUUCUGAGGCAUGAAGAGAGGAUUCCAAAUAUAACAGCUCUAAAAACAGA